AGUCUUUCGACUAGAAUACAUAUUCGCAAAAAAAGUGAGAGUGUCUUCUCUAAUUUAUAAUUAAUAUAAGAGCUUGUGUGGAAAACAUUAAAAUGAGAAUUUUCGUGGUAGCUUUUGCUAUUAUAGCCGUAGCAGCUUCAGCUGCCAUCGAUAGUCCACUUAAUGAAUAUUUACCACCAUCAGAAGACACUGUUACUUUGGAUCUUACUAAUAAUGAUGACUCGGCCUUAUUAGCCGAUGACGGUUAUCGUUAUAAAACCUUAAGACGUUUGAAGUAUCGUCAAAGACGCGAUGUUUCAGAAGUUGCCAACGAGUAUUUGCCUCCUGCUGAUGAAAGCACCGAAGCUGUUGAAUUGAAAUCUGCUGAAGAACCUGAGGAAUCCGCUGUCUUGGGUGAAAAUGGUUAUGAAUACAAAACUGUGCGUCGCUUGAAAUACCGUCAACGUCGUGACGUCUCCGAGAUUGCCAAUGAAUACUUGCCUCCUGCUGAAGAAACCACCGAAGCUGUAGCUGAAUUGAAAUCUGCAGAAGAACCUGAGAAAUCCGCUGUCUUGGGUGAAAAUGGUUAUGAAUACAAAACUGUUCGUCGCUUGAAAUACCGCCAACGUCGUGAUGUUUCCGAGAUUGCCAACGAAUACUUGCCUCCUGCUGAAGAAACCACCGAAGCUGUAGCUGAAUUGAAAUCUGCUGAAGAACCUGAGGAAUCCGCUGUCUUGGGUGCAAAUGGUUACGAAUACAAAACUGUUCGUCGUUUGAAGUACCGCCAACGUCGUGAUGUUUCCGAGAUUGCCAACGAAUACUUGCCUCCUGCUGAAGAAACCACUGAAGCUGUAGCUGAAUUGAAAUCUUCUGAAGAACCUGAGGACUCCGCUGUCUUGGGUGAAAAUGGUUACGAAUACAAGGCUGUUCGUCGUUUAAAGUACCGCCAACGUCGUGAUGUUUCCGAAAUUGCCAAUGAAUACUUGCCUCCUGCUGAAGAAACCACUGAAGCUGUAGCUGAAUUGAAAUCUGCUGAAGAACCUGAGGAAUCCGCUGUUUUGGGUGAAAAUGGUUACGAAUACAAAACUGUUCGUCGCUUGAAAUACCGCCAACGUCGUGACGUCUCCGAGAUUGCAAAUGAAUACUUGCCACCAGCUGAAGAAACCACUGAAGCUGUAGCUGAAUUGAAAUCUGCUGAAGAACCUGAGGAAUCCGCUGUCUUGGGUGAAAAUGGUUAUGAAUACAAGACUGUUCGUCGUUUAAAGUACCGUCAACGUCGUGAUGUUUCCGAAAUUGCCAAUGAAUACUUGCCUCCUGCUGAAGAAACCACUGAAGCUGUAGCUGAAUUGAAAUCUGCUGAAGAACCUGAGGAAUCCGCCGUCUUGGGUGAAAAUGGUUAUGAAUACAAGACUGUUCGUCGUUUAAAAUACCGUCAACGUCGUGAUGUUUCCGAAAUUGCCAAUGAAUACUUGCCUCCAGCUGAAGAAACCACUGAAGCUGUAGCUGAAUUCAAAUCUGCUGAAGAACCUGAGGAAUCCGCCGUCUUGGGUGAAAAUGGUUAUGAAUACAAGACUGUUCGUCGUUUAAAGUACCGUCAACGUCGUGAUGUUUCCGAAAUUGUCAAUGAAUACUUGCCUCCAGCUGAAGAAACCACUGAAGCUGCAGCUGAAUUCAAAUCUGCUGAAGAACCUGAGGAAUCCGCUGUUUUGGGCGAAAAUGGUUACGAAUACAAAACUGUUCGUCGUUUGAAGUACCGCCAACGUCGUGAUGUCUCCGAGAUUGCCAGUGAAUACUUGCCUCCUGCUGAAGAAACCACUGAAGCUGUAGCUGAAUUGAAAUCUGCUGAAGAACCUGAGGAAUCCGCCGUCUUGACUGAAAAUGGUUAUGAAUACAAGACUGUUCGUCGUUUGAAGUACCGUCAACGUCGUGAUGUUUCCGAAAUUGCCAAUGAAUACUUGCCUCCAGCUGAAGAAACCACUGAAGCUGUAGCUGAAUUCAAAUCUGCUGAAGAACCUGAGGAAUCCGCCGUCUUGGGUGAAAAUGGUUACGAAUACAAAACUGUUCGUCGUUUGAAGUACCGCCAACGUCGUGAUGUCUCCGAGAUUGCCAGUGAAUACUUGCCUCCAGCUGAAGAAACCACCGAAGCUGUUGCUGAAUUGAAAUCUGCAGAAGAACCUGAGGAAUCCGCCGUUUUGGGUGAAAAUGGUUACGAAUACAAAACUGUGCGUCGCUUGAAGUAUCGUCAACGUCGUGAUGUCUCCGAAAUCGCUAAUGAAUAUCUGCCUCCUGCUGAAGAAGUAAGCACCGAAGCUGUUGCUGAAUUAAAAUCUGCCGAAGAACCUGAGGAUUCCGCUGUUUUGGGAGAAAAUGGCUACGAGUACAAAACCGUUCGUCGCUUAAAAUACCGUCAGCGUCGUUACUAGUUUUAGUUAUUACUUUUAGCUUAUUACAAAAUUUAAAUAAAUUCACUUAGAUCAAUAAAAUUACCUUGAAAAAUUUA